CCGGCGGCGUCUCCCUUUGUCUCCACGGCCGGCGCUUGGCGAGCCAUCGCUCGGCGCCGAUUGGCGCCCCACUCCGAUCCCCGACCACGGAGCCGCUCCCAGCACCGCCCGCUUCCGCUCGCGGAUUCGCAGCCGCGACGGCCCCACUCGCGUGCCCGCGCCUGCCCUCCGUGGCGUCGCCUCCUCGGCAACGCGCCCCUCGCGCGCCCCUCGGCUGUCUGCUGCGGCGGCGCGGCAAGGAACGAGCUCGCGUCCACGGCAGCAGCAGCAGCAGCAACAGCAGCAGCGACUGGAGCACCGAGCGGCGUCGCCGGGAGCUUCUAAGCAGCGCGCGCCCUGCCUUCGACGGCGCGUCCGACCGGGCGGCUCCCGCCACAGGAACCAGGGUUGAGCCGGCUCCAGUUCAUGUGGCCCAACAGCCUCGGCGGCGGUGGCGGUUGCGGCGGCGCCGCCGCCGCUACGGAACUCGGAGGUCUGGCAGCGGCCGCGGCCGCGGCCUCCAGCACCUCGGCCACGGAUCUCUUCGGGCCGGCGGGCUUCGGGCCAGGAGCCGCUGGCCCCUACGGGCCCCUCAAGACCGGCCCCUACGUGGGCGCCUUGGGGAUGCCUCCCAUCGAAGCUCUACACUCCAGCAUCGGCUAUCCCGGCUGCGCGCCCGCCGGUGAGUCCUACUACUGUAAUCCGCGGAAGCAGCGCCGUGAGCGGACGACCUUCACCCGUGCCCAGCUUGACGUCCUCGAGGGUCUCUUCUCCAAGACGAGGUACCCCGACAUCUUCAUGCGCGAGGAAGUGGCCUUGAAGAUCAAUUUGCCGGAGUCGCGAGUACAGGUCUGGUUCAAGAAUCGACGGGCCAAGUGCCGCCAGCAGCAGAAACAGCAGCAGCAGCAGCAACAACAACAGCAGGACAAGUCGCCAAGGACGAAGAAGCUGAGCGCGAGCAGUCCCGCGGUCAGUGGCAAUCCACCGCCGGGGAAGAGCCCCUCGAUAGCGACGACGCCGACCGCCGCGGCGACGGCUGCCGCCGUACCUGCCGCCACGCCACUAAGCGGAGGUACGGCCGGUUCCGCGGCCAGUUCCCCGGCUCUUCUACGGGACUCGCCCCAAUACAAGCCGACUACGGGCAGUGCGACCAGCAGCCUAUUGCUCACCGCCAGUACGACGCCGCCCAGCCUGGGGGGUACGGUGUACAGCAGUGGUGGCAGCAGUAGCAGCAUCUGGAGCCCGGCGGUGACGGAGAGCGGCGCCAACGGGCCCGGGUUCCCCGGCGAGCACCAGAGACUCGCCGCCUGGGCGACAACCAGCAGCCAGCAGCAGUGCUAUCAGAACUACACGUCCUAUUACAGCAACAUGGACUACCUUUCGCCCACGAGUCACCAGCUCAACGUCGUGGAGAGCGGCGGGGCAAACGGCCUGGACAACGCUUGGCCGAGGACGAGGGACGAGAGCGCCUCCUCGUGGUUCUACAACAGCGCCGGCUGGGGCGAACGGAAGUGAGCCUCCGUUCCCUCUUGCAAUAUAUCGAGAAACAGCAGCAGCAGCAGCAGCAGCAGCAGCAGCAGCAGCAGCAGCAGCAGCAGCAGCAGCUGAUACGCGACUAGUCAUAUCACGCGCACGACCGUCUCCACCUUCCCCGCGAGUUACGUUGCCUUGGUCAGCCUGCACAAGGGCGGGCCGAUAUAACAAACAGCUCCAGCUUCCGACGCGACGAUUAUCUCUCCGUUAUUCGCGGCCUGUCACAUAUUAAGAAGGAUCGUGUAAAUAGUAUAUGAUAUGCAUCGUAAUGUAAUGAUAUAGGAUUUAAGCUGAGAGCGUCUUUAUUACGUGUACAUACAUUUGGUCGCUACGUAUAUCACACUAAAAGGAAGAACAUCGAAUGACAAUUUGUACAUACUAGUACGAAUAGCUUUCGUCGUCGU